AUAGUCACCUUGUUGAGCGUGAAGCAGACCGCAGCGGCGGCGCACAGGGCCACAGUCAGCAGCACCCCACACACCCGCCAGACGCCUGACUUAGAAGAGCCGGCCUUCCUCCUCGACACCAUCACCUGUGGUGUAAAUGAGGCAACCUGCACCGUGACGUCUCAACCGGAAGCCGCGCCCUCCAAUCACCACUCCCACAUAUACGUCACGGCAGACUGACCAAACCCGGAAGUGAAGAUGGCGACCGCCUACGAGAGGUUCAACCUGCAUGCAACACCUGAGAAGUUCUACAUUGAGGCCUGUGAUGAUGGAGCUAAUGACGUGCUGGUUAUUGAUAGGGUGUCCUCCGAGAUGACCCUCGCAGGUAUUAAGGACAUCCCCCCAUCAGGCGUAACCAGGCCCAUUUGUGGAAUCAUGGGAACUAUUCGCCUGGUGGCUGGGAUGUACCUCAUAGUCAUCACCCGGAAAAGGAAAGUGGGCGACCUGUUUGGCCACACUGUGUGGAAAGCGGUGGAGUUUGAUGUGAUUUCUUAUAAGAAGACCAUUUUGCACCUCACAGAUAUUCAGAUGCAGGACAACAAGACGUUUCUGUCUAUGCUAAGCAAUGUCCUCAACACAGAUGGUUUCUACUUCUGCACGGACUAUGACCUGACCCACACCCAGCAGCGCCUGUCCAACACCAGCCCGGACUUCCAGGAGAUGAGCCUGCUGGAGAGGGCAGACCAGAGAUUCAUGUGGAAUGGAAACCUUCUAAGAGAAAUAACUGCACAGCCUGAGCUCCAUAAAUUUGCAUUUCCUGUCAUCCACGGAUUUAUUGUGAUGAAGCCGUGCUGCAUCAAUGGGAAGGUGUUUGAGUGGAUCCUCAUUUCCAGACGGAGCUGUUUCAGAGCGGGGGUCCGAUAUUAUGUCAGAGGCAUUGACUCUGAAGGGCAUGCUGCUAACUUCGUUGAGACAGAACAGAUAGUCCAGUACAGUAAUGCCCGUGCAUCCUUUGUGCAGACUCGAGGCUCCAUGCCCUUUUUCUGGUCUCAAAGACCCAACCUGAGGUACAAGCCCAAACCACAGAUAAGCACUGACACCAAUCACAUGGAUGGAUUCAGGAGGCAUUUUGAGUCGCAGGUUCUCAUUUAUGGUAAACAAGUCAUUCUAAAUUUGGUGAAUCAGAAAGGAUCUGAAUUGCCUCUUGAACAGGCCUUCGCCAAAAUGGUCAAUGGCGUAGAGGACGGACUCAUCAAGUACAUCGCCUAUGACUUUCACAAAGAAUGCAGUAAGAUGAGAUGGCAUCGCCUCCAGAUUCUCGUUGAUUCUGUUUCUGAUGUGCAAGAUGAGUUUGGGUAUUUCAUGGUGAGCUCAGACGGGAAGGUGACAUCCGAGCAGUCUGGAACCUUCCGCAGUAACUGCAUGGACUGUCUGGACCGUACUAACGUCAUUCAGAGCCUGCUGGCCAGACGCUCCCUACAGAGCCAGCUACAGAGGAUGGGUGUCCUCCACGUAGGCCAGAAAAUUGAGGAACAGGCUGAUUUUGAGAAGAUUUAUAAGAACGCGUGGGCAGACAAUGCCAAUGCUUGUGCUAAACAGUACGCAGGAACCGGAGCAUUGAAAACCGACUUCACCAGAACCGGGAAGAGGACUCACUGGGGAUUGGUAAUGGACGGCUGGAACUCAAUGAUCCGUUACUACAAGAACAAUUUCUCAGACGGGUUCAGACAAGACUCCAUCGAUCUUUUCCUCGGAAACUAUACAGUAGAUGAAACCGAUGGCUUGACGCCUCUGCACAUGCAGAAGGACUGGAAGUUCCUCUUGCUUCCUGUUAUUAUGGUGGUGGCCUUCUCCAUGUGCAUCAUUUGUCUCCUAAUGGCUGGUGACACUUGGACGGAGACCCUGGCAUAUGUGUUGUUCUGGGGAAUGGCCAGUGCUCUUACGGCUGCUGUCAUCGUGGUCAACGGACGGGAGUUUGUUGACGCACCGAAACUGGUCCAAAAAGAGAAGAUGGAUUGAAUAUCGAGACCUCCUUCCUUCUGUUCUCUCUGUUUCCUCUUUAUUUUCCUCCAAUCCUGACCUGCUCUCCACACUGUCCUUAAACUUAAGCAAAGCAACAUCCUUGUUUUCUGCUCCCAUUGAUGGAGCGUAUUACCAUAUCAUUUCACAUCAGUUACUACAAAUUUCCUUUGACUCAUGGGACAUGGUAUCCAAAAGUUACACAAUUUCCUUAAGAAUAAAACUUGCAUCAUAGAAUUGCACAUGGGUUGCACAACAUCCCCAGCCUGUAAGUGCAUUGUGGACAUUGCGUCUUACUUUAAAGGCUGCUGCGUUGUUACUGUUUGGCAAUCGAUCUAAAUUGACCCGUUGUGAAAUUAGAGUUAUUGUUUUGGCUCUAGAGCUUCUGCUUUAUGAUAUUGGACACCAAGCGUGUGCCCAUUGGCCCAGUCUAUGGGUUGACAGAUCAAUGAAGGUCUAUUGCAAUUAGAUUGUUACACAAGGGAACAUUACAUGAUGUGUCAGUGGCUCAGCCCUUGGUUAUUUCCAUUUCUGUCCUCUCAAAUCUGUGCUGAAAUCAGCCUUAUGCCUCGGUUUUAUUUUCAGUUGUUCUUUGCAGUGGCAGUUUGGGUUUUAAUGUGGUUUCCUUUUGUUCUGCCAGCAUAUUUAUGGGUUUGUGUUUUUCAUAAAUGAUCAAAUUAGACAGCUGUGGGACGCACUGGGGGAGAGAGGGGUAUUAAGCACUGUUUCUUUGAGUUUACAGAAAAAUAUGAACAGCACUUUUCCUGUGUAAUUUCUUUAUGUCUCUUCGAGGACCAAUGAACACUAACAGAUAUGGCACGCAUAAAGUCGCUCUUCAACUGCACUUCUCUUCAAUGUUACCAAUUCAGUGGCAGUUCAUUAGAUGGAAAUAGACUUCUAUAAGAAUACCUGUCAAAUUGACUCUCACUUUUAAUCGAAUUCCCUUAAACUAUACUGACAAUUCAGAAGGCAUUCGCUUUUAACUAAAUUAUUUAGACAAGUGGCUUUCAAGAAUGUCAGUUUUAUUGAUGUUCACUUGCAUGAUGGUGCAUUUCAAAAUGCCUUACCAAUUAACCCACUGAUUUCUUUUCAUUUUGACACAUUUAGCAAGGUGUUUUUGGGAUUGGGACUGGACACUGAUAAAUGAAUUACUUUUAGGUCUUCCUUUUGAACUCAUUACUAUCUUUAGCACUGAAUGCUCAUCGGUUUGGUUUAAUGUUGACAAAGAAUGUAGAUUUUGAUGCCUUUAUAUGUGUGUUUUGUAGUCAUCUGCAAAUGAUAAUGCAAGCUGAUAUUGGACACAUCUCAACAGGAGAUUGCGAUUGAGAGUUUCAUCAAAUUCACAUGGGCCGUAUUUUAUUGAUUUUCUUUGUGUACAAAGAUCAAGAGAAUAUGCAGUACAACUUGGAAUUAAAAUGAAUGGAUGUGAACAGAACACUGAUAAUUGAAUCCUGUAUGUUUGAUGUUUACCUGUAUAAAUCUGAUGUGUAAACUGUACAUUGGGAAGAAAUUAAGAGAAUUUAUAAAUAUAUAUAUAUAUAUGAGUGUCAUUGUAAUCAUGUACUGUACAGUGUAGUUUACAACAACAUAGCUUUAGCACUUUCUGAUUGAGUUAUUGAUCAAUCAGAGUGAUGUUACUGAUCACAUUCUUCCAUCACAGGGCUUGAUGAAUAUGGCUUUCAUUAUACCCUAGAUUAUGAACCGCAUUGUUGUAUUUCCAGGGUGCACUCGGGUUGAAGUGUGUUAAAUGACAUAUUAUCAAUAUUAAUUGUGUUUUUGGAUUUGAUCCUGACAGUGUUUUAAACCCCGUUUAACCUUCUCUCUCGUCUUGUUUGAUUAAGAGACUAUAUGCCUCAACAUUACAGUUGCAUUCCUGAUUACUGUGCUCAUUCAGAAGUAUUCAGCACUCAGCCAUGAUUUCAAGGAAAUAGUUUGUGAAACAUCAGCUGUCUUUAGUAGUCUAUCAGUCCUUAUCAGACUCGAACUUCUACCGCAUUGAGACUAUUGCUCAUAAUCUUGGUAUUGUUUGGUUUUGAUCAUUGAGGUGUCAUUUAAUACAUUUUAAAAGACAUUUCAACCACUGUAACUGAUGGUUUCUUGAUGAAAUCAUGUUUAAUAAAUUCUACCAAUAAAAUGCAA